AUGCGUUAUACACCAUUAUUUCCUUAUUUUACUAACGUAAAAACAGCAUUUCGUAUAUUAUAUGAUGAUUAUGUAACAGAAGAGAAUGAUGAUUAUCGUAUUUGUAUUGCAAAUGAUACUAUUAAUAAAGAUACAGGAUCUGUUAUUUAUCCAAUUGAUACUCAAUGUCGAUUUAUUGAUGAAGUUAAAGUAGGAGUGAGAAGUUAUUGUUAUUCGGCUGUUAUUAAUGACAAUAACAAAUAA